CUACAAUGAACUGUUUGAUUAAUUAGUUUAAAGUAAGUAUGUUAAUAUUAUAUUUUGCAAUAAGUUUGAAGAAUGUUCUUUGGCUUAUUUAGUUUCAUUUGUUUUAAAUCAGAAGAGGUCAUAAAGGUAGUUUGAUGAAGUUUUGGUUAUUUUUGAUAUUCUAGAACACCAAUUAAUUGAGAAAUUUAGACUGGAUCAUUAUCUUAGAGACAAUCAGUUAAUACUUUUUAUAGCAUAUAAUAAUAAUACGUGUGAUUUCAUUAAUUAAAAUACUUCACAGAAAGAUCAUUCAUAAAUAUGGUAUGAUUAUAUGUUAAGACAAUAUAGCCAUCAGCUUAAACAAUGAAAUUGAGAAGUUAAAACUAUUAAAAAAAUAUUGACAAAUAAGGAAAAGUGCCAAAAUCAUUGAUUGUAUUUGAUCAAACUAAUAUUUGUAUAGAAAAAAGAGGAUAACCUUCCAGUUGGUCCAAUCCUUCUUGGAGUCUUUUUAUUUGUUGUUGUAGGUUCAGCAUUAUUUUAAAUACUUAAUGUUGCUUCAAGUGGUUAAGAAAUUUGAUAUAUAUAUAUAUAUAUUGGUAUUUGGUUUAGC